AUGACCCCAAAGGACUUUAGUGCCAUCACGGGUUUACCCGUAUGUGGGAAGUCUUUAAAGUAUGACAAGGAGGCUCAUGCCAAAAUUGAGGAGUUGGUGAGGCUCUUUGGGACCCCCAUUCGAAGCAUCCUCAAUGCCAAAAUGAAAUACAGGGACAUUGUUAAUAAGUACAAGAGGUGGAAGCCCCAAACCCCUGAACAAGAAGAGCAGUUAACGAGUGUCUUCAUUCUUGCAGUGCUUGGCAACAGUUUGUGCAAUGAUAAGAGUGAUUCUGUGUACUUAUAUUACAUGCCAAGCCUUGCUAAAGUUGAAGAAAUAAAAGACUAUAAUUGGGGCGGGGUUGGGUUGGCAUGCUUGUAA